AUGAACUUGUACAGCAGGAUUUUCUGCCUGUGCUGGUUUCGGCUCGCGAGCGGGGCUGCGACUCCUCCUCCUGUCAACGAAGCAUGCCCCCGAUCAGGAGGUUUGGUUUUCUUGCAAAAGACUCCUUCCCUCCGCCGGCUGAUGACCCUGACUGGGAUGGAUCACGCCUUCGCUUCUACCUCUGGCUUUGAGUGGAUGCCGGUGAAUGGCGGCAUAAAUCGGGCUUGCCGCGGAAAGUCGGCUGGGGACAACUUGGCUUCGUAUUUCACCGUGCAACAAGGGCUGGCCGACCUGAGUGCUUGCCAACAGCUAUGCGAAAGCACAGAAGGGUGCAAAGGCGUGGAAUACCACACCUCUGGAAGAUGUGAGAUUUGGACUCGAGAGGGCGGGAUCGAGGCUAGCAUCAGCUUGGAUGGAUAUUCGUGUUACAGCUACGAGAUUUCUGAUUUCAUUGAAGUUGGUGCUGGCAUUGAUCGUGCCUGCCGUGGAGAGACGGUUGCAGAUGAUUCUUCAAGCCACAAGACGGUGCAAGCAGUUGCCUCCCUCAGCCAAUGCAAGCAGCUAUGCAGAAACACUGCUACUUGUACAGGCAUCGAAUUCAGCGGCUCGCGCUGUGAAGUGUGGUCGCAUGAUAUUAAAGCUUCCGUUGCAGCACCUGGAGUUUUGUGCAUGAAGCUGGAGUUCUCCAAGAUUGACGGAGACGAUCGGGCUUGUCGAGGAUCAAGCACGUCUGACAACAACCCGCGAAACUAUAUCAUUGCUUCAGGUGCAGCAUCGGAGGCUGAAUGUAAAGAUGCAUGCAGGAUGCAGGAUGGAUGCGGUGGCAUCGAGUACAGCACUGGAAGAUGUGAGUUGUGGAUCCGCCCUGAAGGGAUAGAGGCCACCGUGCCCCUCAGUGGCUUCACGUGUUUGCGCUACAAUGGAGCUGGGGCACAAACAACUCCGACGACAACGUCCACGACCUUGGGGAUGACGUCUGAAGCCAGUCAGGCUCAAUUUCUCAUACGCUCCACUUUUGGUCCGACGCUCUCAAGCAUGCGCGAGCUUGCAAACAAGACGUUUCAAGCCUGGAUUGAUGAGCAAAUGAUGCUGCCGGCUGGGCUCCAUCGAGCCUUUUGGAGACAACGUGUCAAUCCACACGUUCUGCCGGAAGAUGUCGGCAAUGGAAAUCUGAUCGGCAGCGCGCGUUCCCGGUGUGAACACGGCUCCCGCUGGGUUGGUUACACGUUUUUGACGCGCGAUGUUGGUCGUCCCGUCAAGGUGAUCGGAAAUCAGAUCCUGGUAGAUGGCCUUCAUCGGGUUGAUGUAGAUCCUGCAUAUUUAGGCAAUGGCAUGGAUCCACCGCAGACUUGCAACAACAAUCCUCCAGAGAACUGGCAGACCAGAGGUCUGACUUGUGAGUCUGAAGCCGAGAGCAUGGCAUGGAACUGCUAUGACGACUUCUGGAAGGAAGAGAAGUUGUGCCAAAAGACAUGCUUUGACCGGGGCCAUGGCUACAACGGAGACGAUUGCUCUGGUGGCUGGGCAGGAGUUGAAUUUGACGGGUACGUCUGCAGGGUGAAGGCCAACUCGGUCGGAGCAUGGGUGCAGCUGGGUACAGCGGAGGAUUGUACCGAAGGUUUGCGGGCAAUGACAAAUCCUCGUGUUUGGAGGAGCACGGCAUCUGCGGAAAUGACCCAGAGUUUGAGCUUUCGCGUCUUCCGGCCAGACGUAGUUCUGAUGUCAGAGAGCGUUGACCCGUGCAAUCUCGGCACUGUGAUCCAAUCCGACGUGGAGGGCGAGAAGCGGUUUUACAUGUUGGAAGCCCGACUAAACUUGGUGGAGAACACACUGGAACGGCCGGCCUCGGCCGAUUCCUGGAUCGGAGGCGUUUGCCCAGCAGUGAGUCGAACAUUUGUGAAUUGGAACAGCUGCCAGCUUCUACCUGGUUGUCUGCCUCUGGGUGUGGAGAGUGUCCAACUCGCACUGAAUGCAACAACUUUCGAGAGAUUCUUCACAGUGGGUGGUCGCUACGUGUAUGCCAUUACCGGCCUGCGAACCAGCAUCUCGCCGUGCAAUCGGAGAUCACGCUGGAGGAGGCUGAACUGUCAGGAGGAGUCGUGUUCCACGACGACCCUCCCUGCAAACGAUGCGGAAGCCAUUCGUGCACAGCUUCUUGCAGAGGCAUCGCAAGGAUGGCUCCGUGACACGACCAUCGAGUGCAACUCAAUCGCCGCGGGUGCAGUUGUACAAGUUGAUUCCGACUACUUCCAACAUGUUCAUCUGGAUGAGUUCAAUGUCUACGAUUUUACAGACUGGGUUGCGACGCAUCCAGGAGGACCGGACAAGAUCACCCAGUGGACAAGCCAGGGCUACCAGCUUGAAUUUCCCUCCUGGCACGAUAUGUCCCGCUGGGAUUCUGGCAUUGCUCCCGGGGUUCUCCGGCCAAAUCUGGUGGGCAAGUACAACGAGAUCGUUCUGCUCCAGACCUUGCCACAGCCUCUGCAAACCCAGGCCCUGGUGGAUGACCUGAGCGGCUCUGGGAAUCAAGGCGAGGUCUCGCUCGUUUGCGGCUCUCCCGGGGAGGUCGCCAACGAUCCCGAAAAGGGACAUCAGUUGUCAAUCACUCAUGGAGGGGAGUAUGAUUGGCACUUCGACAUGGAUUAUCUUUCACGAUGGGGUACAGACAGGCUUGCAAAGACGGCAGUUUGGACGAUGAAUGCCUUGUAUGGCAAGGACCAGUUCCGACAACGAAUGGCUUGGGCGCUGUCACAGAUCUUCGUGGUGGCGAUCGUUGGCGAUAACUAUGCCGGACAGAACGAGAUGUGGAUGAAUUUCUACGACAUCUUCGUUCGGCAUGCUUUCGGCAACUUUAGGGACGUUUUGCGCGAGGUUACAUACAAUCCCAUAAUGGGAGAUUACCUCACCUUCAAGCGAAAUCGUGCUUUCGAUGAGAGCAACAACUAUCCUGAUGAAAACUUUGCUCGGGAAAUCAUGCAGCUCUUCACCAUCGGCUUGUGGAAGCUGAACGAGGAUGGCACGAGAGUGCAGGAUGCGGGGCGAGACGUCCCCACCUACAGCAACGAGCACAUAAUGAACUUCGCUCGAGUCUUUACAGGUUUCGAUGAACAGCCGGACAGAGACAACAUCGAAUGGGUUUGGAACCAGAACUUCAUCGAUCCGAUGCGAAUCCAGGCGAGGUGGCAUGAUGUAUACCCCAAGCCGGACUUGGAUGGCGGCUACUUGGGGGAUCGAUACCCUGUCUGUGCAGAUCUUCCCACCGGGUACUUCUUGAAGAAAGGUGCUCGUUACGAGUUCCUGGGACACUCCUACUCUGGAACAGACGUACUAAACUUGACGAUGACUUCAGCUUUGUCGAUCCAUCUGUGUGGCUCAAGUGGAUCUCCAUGCAACUAUCGUGCUUCCGUCGAGCUCAGCCAGGAUCUUGAAUGCAGCAAUCAGGAGUGCACUGUCGAUACCGUCUUCGUUGUGAACGUGGCUGGAGGAUACUACGAGUAUGUGCCACCUGCAUGCACCAACUUGUUCUUCUUCAACGGGCAGGUCACUCGCAGAGGCGGACGAGCCUGGGGAUGGACAAGUCAAUGCCAAGAUCCGAACACUCCUGUUGCAGGAUCCGCCUGCUGCGGUGGAUGCAAGAAUCGCAAGGACUGGUGGUGGUUGGAUUGGAAGAAGUGCUCCUGCGACAACGCUACGGAUGCCUGCCCAGAACUGUUCACGGAGAAGUGUAAGCAUGAUGAGCUUUGGGCGGAGCAUAAGUGGUGCCGGCUGGCAUGCUGGGAGAACAGUGCAGGAUAUGACGGUGAUGACUGCAGCAAGGGUUUGUGGCGCGGCGAGCGGCUCUGCGGAUAUCCCAGGGAACGAGUGAGAAUGGCGACAGCUGAGCGACAGUGUGCAGAUCGUGGCUUGGAGCUCUGUUGGGAGCGCCUGGAAGGGUACGAGUGCGAUUACGACGAAGAUCCGGUGUGGACUCCAGAAGCUUGUAGCUAUGAGGUCAUAGUGCACGCCGAUGGCACAGUCACUUCCAACUUGACAAGCCGAACACGGCAGAAUCGCUUCUCCGUCGCGUGGAAGUCUGGGCACCCUGCAGAGUCGGGAUCGUGCCCAGCCGGAUGCAGGUUAGCUAAUGCGGCAUGCUCAUGCAGCUUUGUGGUCGAAAACCGCGCAGUGUUCACCCAGAUCCCUGCAGCCAGCCAGCUCCACAAAUUGAAGAUCGGCGCGGUGCGACCAUCUGGCCCAUGUACCGAUUCGUGUUCGGGACCAAUCCUUGUGUACACGGCUGGUAGCACAGGCCAAAUCGACGAAGAAACCGUUUUCGAGUUCGAGGGUAAGUUCUACAAGAACAAGGAGGUCUUCGUUGUUGUCGGUGACAAAGCUUCCGGAUUUGAGUUUCGAAACCCUCCAAGUUUUGUGACUCUGGAAAACCCUCGCGAAAGGGAUGCUCAUGCCGAAGUCGACAGCUUGCUCGACCACCUCUUCUACCACAACAACACCCCUCCGUUCAUCGCCUACCGUCUGAUCCAACGUUUUGGCAUGUCAAACCCUUCGCCAGACUACGUUCAAGCAGUCGCACAGGCCUUCAAAACUGGCCAGUACAACGGAAGGGUGUACAGUGGCGCAUACGGGGAUCUCGGGGCCACUGCGGCAGCGGUGCUGCUCUUCCCCGCCGUCUCCGGUGCCACGACAGGAUCUCUCAGGGAGCCGCUCUUGAAGGUGAUUCAUUUCAUGAGGUCCAUGGAAUACAAGGAUCGUGUCGGACGCAAUGUUCUGCUCCAGAAUCUGCUGCCUCUGAUUGGUCAGUUUCCAUACCGGUCUCCAUCGGUCUUUAACUACUUCUUGCCUGGCUUUAAGCCUGCGGACUUUCCACCUGGCAUGGUUGGGCCUGAAUUCCAGAUUUUCACACCUCCGAUGGCUAUCAGCUUCACCAAUGGGCUAAACUCGCUCAUUGAGCUUGGCUUGGGCCCAUGCUCGGGUGGAUUUGGUUUCGAUGCCCCUCAGAACUGCUCAAAUGGACAAGUGCACCUCGGCGAGUUGGAAUGCUUGCAGCCGACCAUCGACCAGUUGGACCUCUUACUCACAGGUGGGCGCCUCCACGACUCGGGAAUGAUCCGUGGUGCUUGGGAGGAUGCAGAGGGCGGUCAGGAAUACAAAGCUGCACAGAUGGCAGUGGUAAUGACACCAGAAUUCCACACGCUUGGAGAUCCCCUGCCUGCGGGUCCACGAACUCCAGAGCCACCGCAGGUCAUUAGCCAAGCGCGCUCCUACAAGGCCCUCGUAAUGGUCUUCUUGCACGGUGGUGCUGACACAUUCAACAUGCUGGUGCCGAUGAACUGUCCACUCUACGACGAGUAUCAAGAAGUUCGAGGUUCCGUGGCCUUGUCGCCCUCGGAGCUCAACCAGAUCACUACGGAAGGGCAGACGUGCGCUGACUUUGGCAUUCAUGCUCGACUACCGCUUCUCAAAGAGCUUUAUGACCUCGGAGAGGCGGCUUUCGUUAGCAACGUGGGCGCUUUGGCAGCUCCUGUGAGCAAAGUGCAGUGGGAGAGCGGUGCAGGAGAGCGUUGCGCAGGCCUCUUCUCCCAUUCAGACCAGCAGCAGGCAGCUCAAACACUCACCUGCCAAAGCGCUGCGUCGGCAUCCAAAGGGGCUGGUGGUCGCAUUGCAGAUGCCUUGGGCGCAGGCAGCCAGAAGUACAGAACUAUGUCUUUCUCUGUGGCUGGAAUGUCGACAUGGUCGCAGGGCAUGGAAACGGCAGCAGAGAUCAUUGACCAGCGUUCAGGAGCAGUCAAGUUUGAGAACUACGAGCGCCUGAAGAUGGUGAUCGACAACAUCACGGGUGUCCAGCAUGGCAAUAUCUACGCAGAGGAGUAUGUCCGGAAGUUUUCUGCAGCCAUCAAUUUCAACGAGGAGUUGGGAAAGCAGCUGAAGACAGCAAAGCUGAAGACAUCGUAUCCGACCAAUGAGGUAUCCUUGUCCAGGCAGCUCAAACAAGUCGCACGGCUGAUCGCUGCACGUGGUGAGCGUGGGGCGGAGCGAGAUGUCUUUUACGUCGAAAUUGGUGGUUGGGAUACGCAUUCCAGUGUCAGCCAAGAGCUGAACAAUCGCUUCGGAGAGCUCAACGGCGCCUUGGAAACCUUCGUCACUGAGAUGAAGGCCCACGGGAUCUUUGACUCCACGACCUUGCUCACGCAUUCUGACUUUGCACGGACGUUAACCCCCAACAGUGGUGACGGCACGGACCACGGUUGGGCUGGCAAUCAUGUGAUUAUCGGAGGUGCUGUCAAGGGUGGCCGUGUCUACAACGACUUUCCUGCUUCUUACCAGGAAGGCAGCGAUCAGGAUGCCGGGCGCGGGCGUCUCAUCCCAAAGUAUCCCUGGGAAAACAUGAUGAUGCCUGUCGCGGAUUGGAUGGGUGUCGAAAAUUCACAGUUGUCGAGUGUCUUUCCCAAUAUUGCAGCCUUCAACUCGUCGCUCUUGAUGACGGGCUCCACUUUGUUUGUGGCAAGCUGA